AUGCAACCCAGUACUUCGAAUCCAAAUAUCAAUGUAAACAUGCAGGCAUCAACAAAUCAUGGUUUUUCUUUUGGCAACGUAACCAACUACAGCUGUAAUAACUACAAAAAGAGAGAGUCAACCGAUCAUGAACUCAAUGCGCCGCCGUCAAAGAGAUAUCUUAGCGAGAUACGUGCUGCUGACGACGAUAGUAACGAGGCACAGUCUGACAAUGAUAGCAUUGAGACAGAAGCUGAUCAGGAUAGCAAUGCCACACCAUCUGACCACCCUAUCCAUGAAUCAAAUCAACCUGUUGCUGACAAUGAGCCCUCUAUCUCUAUCAAUUGUCAAGACGAUAUAUGGGCCUGUUGGAGAUCUCACUUGGAAAAUGACUCUGUGAACACUUACAGUCUGGAACGCCUUGGCAUCAUACAGUGUGGAAAUCAAUUGCAAUGCAGAGACCAUUACCCUCCUGAGCUGUACAACUUGCUCAUUUACGGUUCACCUUCUCUUGUCAAUCCCAUCUCAAAUCAUGCCGACAUAUUUGACCAUAUUUUCGAUCAAACAGCAAACCAAUCGCUCAUGGCAAGAUUAUUAGACCAGAUCAGCUACGACGACAAACAGAAACCUCAAGUGUUAAUGGUCGCCACUGUUAUCAAGAUUCUGCUCCAGUCAAUUUUCAGCAACAAUUGCGUUUGUGAGCACGAAGGCAAUUACUCCCACUAUGCUAUUUGGCCAUUAUUGGAUACUAUUGUCAACACAGUUACCCAUUUGAAUUUUCAUUGUGGAGAAUAUUAUUUAGGAGCUGUAGAUAAGGAACUGGCUAGAAGAAAAAUUGGCGGUAAUCACCACUACAAUGCGGACGGGUGUAUCUCUACUGCUAUAGACGGUGUUCGUGUCGAGUUGGUCCUCCUAGAGGUUUCUGGUCCUUUCAAACUCAAUGAUGAAAGCAGAUCUAUCAAAGAUCACGUAAAGGCAGGAUAUGGAUUAGUAGCAAUGUUGAAUGAAAUCGCGCGCUUGUACAACUUCGCUUCAUUUGAAACGUUUUCCUCACUUCGCAUCUUCUUUGUACACGCCAAAAAAAACAAACUACGAUUCUGGAGCUUUGAAAUGCCUUCGCCUGGUCUAUAUGUUCUGAACUUGAUAAAUAGUGUGAUUAUACCCGACAACUGUGCCUCUUGCGAGCUGCCCGUGGAAUCCAUUUGCAUUGAAUUGUGGAAUUUACGAUCUAUGUUGCGACAAACCCUCACUGCUAUUGAUGAGUUGAAACACUCACACAUUGCAAACCAAAGAGCUUACAACCGUGCCCUCAGAAACUCGCCAGACUUGAAGCCCACCUUGUUGACCGAUAGCCUGCGAAUCUCUCACAAGGUGAAACUUGACGUAAAUUAUAUACCUGGCUACGAAGAAUUAGCCAUCAACAGCGAUCCCUUCUAA